AUGGCUGCGGUUGUGGCUAAGCCGAGUGGCACGGCCACCAAGAUGAAGAAGCCGCCGACGCCUACGGUACAUACAAAUGGGAAUGGCGGCAAGGCAGCACCGUCGUCCUCGCCGGCGAGCGCAAGGAAAAGCCUACCAGGCCAGACCCCGACCACCGCGUCGUCCACAAAUAACAGCACAACGGCUAAUGGCAUGGCCCGACCGACGCGACGUCCCCAACGGCCAUCUACGCGGAACAACACAGCGGACAACGCAACUCUCGACAAGCGGGCGGCCAAGAGAAUCCCGGAGCCAUAUGGUUCGUCUGUCGUAGACUCAAAAUGCUUUGGAGCACCGCUAACACCACAAUUUAUAGUGCCCAAGGAAUCCUACAUCCUGCGGAAAUUCAAAGGAUGUCCGCCGUCUCUAAUCGUCCAUCUGCACUCUACCCACUUUCGCUUCGAUCAGCAAGACGGAAGCUUCAGUUAUCAUUCCGAGAUGCGCGUCUUCAUUGAGCACCUUGCAAAAGGCACCAUCCCGCAUGACAUGGUGGAAGAGUUUCGGAAGUCAGAUGUGAAAUACUACGACGGAUGGCUGAUCGUCCGGGUUGUUGAUCACAAAUCGAUCUCCAAGGACUCCCUCGCCUCGGAGACUGGCGGCGACGACGAGAAACCAUUUUCAAUACACAACUACAACCAAUACAUCACUCCGUCACCGUAUGUACCGUAUCCAGCUAAAGAACAAUCAGCGUCCAGAUCACCGCCUCUCAAACAGGAACGAAGGGAAUCUUUAUCGAGCGAUGCCAGGGAUGGAAUCCACUCCGAUGACACUGUCGAUGCUGCACCGAAGUCGUCGAAGCCCCAGCCGAAAAUCUACCAUGUCGCCCUCCGACCGACGAUUAUGUCUCGUCAUAUGGACCUCGUGCUCGAUGCCAUGGCGCCUGAUCCUAAGUCGGUUAACCGGAAGCAAUCACAAGCCAAUGCUGCGAAUCGGCCAACUGGGUCUGCGGCGCCCCAAACUCCCAUCUCCGGUGUGCCGCAGACACCGUCGUCCGACAAGGGACCUCCACUGAAGAAGCAAAAGUUGAGGAUAGACCCGAAAGAUCUCUUGGAAUAUGAAGCACGAAUAGUCAAUGCUACGGCGCCGCCGUUAUACUUGAACGCAGUGGACAGCCUCGAGGAAGCUGAAACUCUGAUCGACAUGCUGAAAGAUCCUCUAUGCAAUGAGCGGCCCCCUUCACCGAAGAGCCGUAAGAGGACCGUCGCCGAACUUGCUGCCGAGGAUGCACAUGCGAAGGAACAGGAACGAUUCAUGCUCGUUAUGGAUGAACGGACCGCUGGCGGCACUGGAGCAGCGAACUCAGGCGCCGUGGAUGGCCAGGCUGCGGCGGCACUCUUCCAGCCACGCUUCGAAAAGUUUAAUGCACUUGAUAAUAUCAAGAGGGAAAUUGCGGAACGAAAGCAGCGCGAGAAGGACCGACAAAUGCAAGAAGAUGAGACCCGGCGGGGCCAACAAGAGCGGCUACAGGAAGAGGAGAGGAAACGAAUAAUGAUCCAACGCGCACAAGAAGCCAGAGCCUUGCGCGCGCGCGAAAUGCAGGCCGCAAUGGCGGCUCAACAACAGCAGCAGGGCCUAGCCGCGCAAAGGUCCUCUCAGCAAGUCAAUGGGAUCCCUCCGAAUAUGCAAAGCCAGAUGAUGGCCGCCCAGCAACGUGGCUCCCCAAUCAUCCGGCAAGGUACCCCUCUUGCGGCUUCAUCGCCUGUCGUCACGAGCGCUGCUCAAGGCGGGCAUCCUAUGGCUGUGUCAGGCUCGCAGCAAGGACGUGGGUCACCCCAGCGACCAGGGUCUGCUGUACAACAUGGCCACCCCAGCGCGCCAAUGGCCAGAGCCCCUAGUGGGCAAGGACCUAGCCGACACGGCACGCCUCAGAUGCCCCAGGGUACGCCGAGGAACGCAACUCCCAUCCUGCGGCAGGGAACUCCCGCACAGCAAAUCACUCAAGCUAGUCCACAUGGCAGCACUGUGGCCCCGACGCCCCAAAUGGUGGCUGCCGGCAUGAUGCAGGGAAUGCAAGGUCAAUCCGCGAAUGGCAUUCAACGGCCGCUGAAUCCCCAGCAAGUUGCCGAGAUGCAAAGGCGUCAUGCCUUGCAACAACAAGCGGCACAGCAGGCGGCUAUGCAACAACACAUGGCCAACGGAACGCCCCAGAUGUCGCAGGCUCAACUCUCGCACAUGCAAGCACAGCAACAAGCUCAAGCCGAUCGACAGGCCGCCAUACAGCGGCAGCAAGCUCAACAGCAGCAGCAGGCCAUGCAGCAGGGCACGCCGCAAAGUCAGCAUAUGUCACCUAACCCUCAAAAAGCCUACAAUCAGUCUGUGGCCGAGCACGUCAAAGCUCAAAUCCAAAACCUUCAACAAUCGCAGCACAGCUCACCCGCUCCCACCCACAUCACCCCUCAGCAGCAAGCUUCGCAGUUAGCACAGGCUCAACAGCAGCAAAGGAUGCUAGCCGCCCAAGCCCAACAAGCUCAACUCAUGGGCGGCGGUACACCACAGCAGCAACAGCGUUUGCAACAAAAUCCUGCAGUGCAACAAUUCUACCAAUCUACUCUUGCAGCCUACACUCAACGGUUCUUGGGACAGGCCGCAGCAAAGUAUGGCGGCAACACGAACAUGCUGCAACCUAACGAGAUCCAGCAAGUUCAGACACAAGCCAAAACGGCGGCUAUGGCAACUUUGCGCCGACGCCAGGUGGAAUUGAACAACAUGUCUAUUCAGCAAGCACAAAUGCGCCAGCAACAAAUUGCUCAGCAACAAGCCCAGCAGCAACAGCAACAACAGCAGCAGCAGCAGCAGCAGCAGCAGGGCGGCGGAAUGCCCAAUGGAAUGAUGGGUAUGAAUUCCAAUAUGGCGGCAGCUCUUCAGCAGCAACAGGCACACCAGAUGCAGCAAAUGCACAUGCAGCAGGCCCAGCAAGUGAUGGCUGCGCAGCAACAACAGCAGCAGCAACAACAGCAGCAGCAAGGCAUGCAGUAUCAGCAAAGGUAG